UCGGCAGGCGGGGACUUCGGCAACCCGCUGCGGAAAUUCAAGCUCGUCUUCCUCGGGGAGCAGAGCGUCCCAGACUGUUUGGAAGAGGGCCAUUGAGAGCAGGACCCUGGAGAUAAAAGAUCACGUGAGCAGACAGUCUCCAUAUAUGUGGGGAAGACCUCUUUGAUCACCAGAUUCAUGUAUGACAGCUUUGACAACACCUACCAGGCAACAAUUGGCAUUGACUUCUUAUCAAAAACCAUGUACUUGGAAGAUCGCACAGUACGGUUGCAAUUGUGGGACACAGCAGGUCAAGAGCGGUUCAGGAGCUUGAUUCCUAGCUACAUUCGUGACUCUACUGUUGCAGUUGUUGUUUAUGAUAUCACAAAUGUAAACUCGUUCCAACAAACCACAAAAUGGAUUGAUGAUGUGAGAACAGAAAGAGGUAGUGAUGUAAUCAUAAUGCUAGUAGGAAACAAAACAGAUCUAGCAGAUAAGAGGCAAGUAUCAAUUGAGGAAGGGGAGAGAAAAGCCAAAGAACUGAAUGUUAUGUUUAUUGAAACUAGUGCAAAGGCAGGAUACAAUGUCAAACAGCUUUUCCGACGUGUGGCCGCUGCCUUGCCUGGAAUGGAAAGCACACAGGACAAGAGCAGAGAAGACAUGAUUGACAUCAAACUUGAAAAGCCUCAAGAGCAGCCCGUCAGUGAAGGGGGCUGUUCAUGCUAAUAGUGUGUGGCCCUUCUCUUACCUUUCUCCAGACCAUCACUGCUUCUUCCCUCCCUCCCUCCUCCCUCCCUCCCCACUUCUCUCCCUCCCUCGACUCCUCCAUGGCAGUGUGUCUGUCGGCUUGCCCUCUCCCCACUCCUGUCUGUAACGUAGCACGGUUCAUCAUGGCUGCCUGUCUCGUGGAGAUGACCCCUGUCGUUCGCUUCACAAGCACAAGAGAAAGUCAGUGUCGUCGUUAGUUAUAAGGAAAUUUUAAGAACAGCCAACAUGAUUUUAGCAUAUUCCAGUAAUUCUUUUAAAUAACAACCAGAAAGACCAAUUUGCUAAAUCUUUGUUCCUUCUUUAUAUAUAUAUAUAUAUUGCAUCUCCAGAAGUCACAGAAACAGGGGUAAAAAUGUUGUUGGGAUAAUGAUGAAAAGGGAUGUGCAGGGUAAAAACAGCCAGUGCCCAAGGCAAGUGGUUUGGAGCAGUGCUAAGGCUGAAGCCUCUCCUUCUGCACAACCAAGAAAAGAAAA